AUGCCGGCAUGGAAGGGUGACGACGGGGAGGAGGAGCAGGAGGAGCAGGAGCAGGAGCAGGAGGGAUCCAGUGAUCGCAACUCUCUGACGAGCCCUGUCACUCCUCUCACUCCAAGUCACCAGCAUGGAGAGUGGGAGGAUGCAGGGGAAGCGAUCACGCCGUCAGAGGACAGGGACGGAUUCGGGAUGUACAGGCAUCCCGCUGUCGAUAUGGAAGGAGGAAGGAUGCAGGCAGCCAUCACAUCUUUCCUCAUCCUCUCCGUGUACUACCGAACUCUCUCUCCUUCCAUCUCGGGAGGAGACUCAGGGGAGGUCAUGGCGGCGGCAUGCAGUGGAGGUCCUGCGCACCCUCCGGGGUAUCCGCUGUUUGUGUUGCUAGCUCGAGGAGCCAUGAGCUUGUUCGCCUCACUAGGAGAGAACAAGGCGUACCGAGUGAACCUCAUGUGCGCCAUGCUGACAGCAGCAGGGGUUUACCAUCUCCAUAGAGCAGCGCGAGUCAUGACAGGGAGCGACUCCUCUGCUACGUUGGCGUCUGCCAUGUACGGACUAUCGCCUCUCAUCUGGAACAACGCGCUACAGGCAGAAGUGUUUGCCCUCAACAACUUCUUCGUGUGUCUGCUCACCAACCUGUUGGUUCGAUACCUCGCGAGGGAUCGACCGUCAGCCACUCGCGUUGCCUUCACCGGCGCUUUCGUUGUCGGCCUUGGCUUGACAAACCAGCACACCCUAGUGUUGUACUUCAAGUUUUGUCCUCAAUUCGAGCAUGUACCCCAGUAUUCCUGGGGAGAUCGGAGGUCUUUUCAGGGGUUUUUGAAUCAUUUUUUGAGGAAGGAUUACGGCACUUUCGUGCUCGCAGCGGGAGGAACAGAAGUCCACGGGAAGCCAGUUUCUCUGCUGGAGGGGAUCAGAUUUUACCUCGAGGACAUAGCUGGUCCUCGGCUGGACGAGAGGCGAAGAGGUCACACCAAGACUUACGAGGGGCAAUUGAUGUACAUCGGGAUCCCUUUCGCUGUUGUUGGACUCAUCCUCUGCCUGUACGGGCGACCGCUCCAGAGAAACCUCGCAGCUGGGCGAGUGCUGGUCAUCUGCUAUCUGUUCUACAUCAUCGUCUUUCACUCGCUGGCAAACCUCCCGAUCAAGGUCCCUCUCUUCCUCGCCGUCCAUGCUCGGUUCUGGCAGAUGCCCAACUCCACUCUCUUCCUCUUCGUGGGCAUCGGAUUUGAGUUUCUCUCCCGGAGAUUCGCAGACAAGGCUUUCGCACUUUCCGUCAGAUGGGCGAUCGUUUGUCUCUGUGUGUGGCUUCAGUUCGUGAAGAACUUUGACAAGCAGGAUCAGUCAGGGAACUAUGCCGUCGAGUUUGUGACGAGGACCGCGAUAGAGACGCUACCCCCCAACGCCAUCCUGCUCUGCUCGGGAGACCUCCAGUUCAACCCGGGACUCUACCUCACAGUCUGUGAGAACGUUCGGCCAGACGUCCGUUUCAUGUCUCUCCAGCUCAUGUCCUACAGGUGGUACGGCCUCAACAGCUCAAUCAAGUGGCCGGGCGUUGUCUUCCCCGGCAGAAGCCACUGGCCGGACAAGUACGGAUACUCUCUGCAGAAGUUUUACGACGCAAACAUCUGGGACCGUCCGAUCCAUUCGUACGGAGGGAAUAGACCAGCUGAGAACCUCGAGAAGCUUCUCGAGGAUCCCAGCUUGAAUGAAGACCAAUUCUUUCAUUUCACGUGGGGAUUGACAGACAGGAUGAUUCCAACUCAAGUUGAGAAGAUCAACAUCCACCAGUAUGCAAGAUGCCAUGCCAAGGCGUUCGCACCCAUGGAGGAGUGGGAGAAAAACGGGUCACUUCCUGACUUGCUCAAGUACGGUGAAGACACGUGGGAGGAUCAGGUGGUGAGGGAGUUCUAUAUCACCUACCAUCGCUUCGGCCACCAGCUCAUGGAAUACUAUCGAACUCUUCCCGGCGAGACGUGCGGAGGAGCAUGUCCUGAAGGAUGCGACUGCGACUACUCCAUGGGAACGACGUUGGCGCUGGCGCGACAUUCGUAUCAGAAGCUGGGGGAUGCAUACAACAACUACACAGCAUGGGGUUUGGAAGUUCCCUUCAACUGGGAUGGAGCUGUCCAUCAGAACCUUGGAACCAUCGAUGAAUACGAGGGGAACGCGGCGGAGGGAGAGGAAGGACCAGGAGGAUGA